GCUGGUGUCCUUUCAGGUCUUUAAUAGCGUGGUUGACGCGUUGAUGAAUGAUCAGCAGGAGCAACCUGGAGCCGUCUUGUCAACCGUGACUAUCCAGGUUGCGGGAAGUUGUAUAUCAUGAUCCUUAUUCCGGGCCCCAAGACUUGCCGUCCCUAAGGCUACAAUAACCGACACUCGCACAUAUAAUACGCUCCUCAUUUUCCACCAAGACACAGCUUAGCUUUAACUUGCAGGAUGAUGUUCUCGAGGAUGCUACUCUCAUUCUCUGGUCCUCUCGCAUAUGCUGCCAUUGCAGUCGCAUGGUCGACGUUCGCUGUCCCACACACCAAAGAUGGAGAUGACACGCUUGCUCUGAUGGCAGCAAUUUCUGACUACACAUCUGACGCGUCAAUUGUGUUCGAGGCUGACACAACCUACAACAUAUGGUCCCCAAUCACGUUUCCGCAUUUCACAAAUGUCGAGGUGGUGAUUAGCGGGAAUUUAACAUAUCCGACGAGCAUCAAAACUGUGCAAGGGCAUGUUGCUACCGCUAAUUACGCUGGUGCAUGGUUCUCGUUCACUGGAGGACAUAACGUCACGCUCCGCGGUAAUACUGAUCCUGACUGGGGUUGGGUUGAUGGACAUGGCCAACAGUGGUGGGAUAUCAUGCAACAGACCGACCGACCUUCCGGUUGGCUGUUUAAAAACGUCACAAAUGGGAUCAUCAGAGAUAUGAAGAUAUACAAGCCUAUCGCAUGGAAUUUUGGCACUAUAGGAUCAAGCAAUAUGCACAUCUUCAACAAUAUCAUCUUGGCUAAUUCUGAAAGUGCCUCGUUUCCAUUCAAUACUGAUGGAUUUUCAGCUGGAGGCAGCAAUUUUCUUUUCGAAAACAACCAUGUCGUCAAUGGAGAUGAUUGUUUGGCUGUUGGUAGCGGCGCCAAGAACGUCACUUGGAGAGAUGGCUACUGCGAGGGAUCGCACGGUCUGUCAGUCGGUUCACUUGGCGCGGGUGGCCAAGUGGCAUCCGUAGAGAAUAACCGCACUCUUUAUGCAGCUCGUUUCAAGAGCUGGACUGGCGGAAAUGGUGCUGCCGUUAAUAUAACAUGGAAAAAUAUCACAUUUAUCGAUGUGAUGCUCCCUAUUUUCGUGACCCAAAACUACCAGGAGCAAAGCGGCGGCCCUUAUCCGAGCUCCUCGUCCGUCAACGAGACUCGCAUUGAAAACUUCCUAUUCGAUAACUUUGUCGGCGUUAUCAACGAUACGCCCGGAUACGUGGAAGGCUCAUGUAUUACCGAACCUUGCUGGUACCACGUAUCUGGUGCAACAGGCAAGGAAGGCGUCAUUUUUGACUUGUACCCCAAGACCGCGACCAACAUUGUCGUGAAGAACCUUGUUGCGCACACACUUAGUGGUGCCCCUGUUGCUGCGAUGUGCAAUUCCUCCACGAUCUCGAGUGAUGUUGGAUUUGUGUGCUCGGAUGGACCAUAUGUUCCCACACAGGCUGGCUUGUAA